AUGCCGAUUCGCAAUCCCUUUGCCAAGCGCCCCGGCGCCCUCGAGGUCAACGACGAAAACAUCCGACCCGGACUCUUGAGCCCCAAGGAUGCCUCUGCCGGCUUCGAGAGAGUUGACACCGUCGGGUCACGGGCGUCGUCGGCGUGGAGCAUCCGCAGCGGCAGGAGCCAGGACAACGGCGACUACAAGAUGAGUGUGGUCAAUGACAGCGGAGUCUAUCUUCCGCCUUCGCCAAUCGAAGAGAAAGGCCUGUGGCCAAGACAGCCUGCUGCCGUGUCCCGCACUUCGACGGACACGCGCAGCAGUAUUGGCGACAUUGAACACUUCUCCAUCUCGCGAGAGUCAUUCGACUCGUACCGUCGAUCAUUCGACAUCUCAGCCAGAUCCCCAGUCCUGGUCCACGACAUCCCUCGUCAAAGUCUCGACUCUGCGCGUUUCCCCCGAAUCCCAAGAACAUCCGUUAGAGAUCGCUCGUUCGACAGGGAACCGCCAACCGAAGAGGAAGGGUUCGAAGAUGUCGGAUUGAAUGACGAGCAAAAGCAAAACCAGCAACAGCCCAAGAAGAGGGGUUUCUUCGCCAAAUUCUCCGACUCGCAGGAACUCAGCAACCCAGCUCAGGGAAUGUCACGCUUCAUUCCCGGCCGGAAGAGAGCGCAGAGUGGUGGAGGAGCCGAAUUGAGCCCCAUGGAGCGGCCAAAGUCCGCCGUAAUACUAGAGGGAGAGGAGAUGCAAUGA